AUGGGUCCCCGCUAUCUUCUUGCUGCAAUGCUAUCCCUAUUGGUUCUUUCGGCUAAAGGUGGUUAUUUGAAACCUGGAGCCGACAAAUUGCAUGAUGAACAAAUUGAUUUUGCGGACGGAGAAGAGCAGGAAAUGCUGAAUGAUGUCGAUGAGACCGGCCAUCAUUUUGAGAAGUAUGGCCAUGUAGACGACAGCUCUGAGGAGCAUGAUGGUGAGGAAGGGGAAGUUCUUGAAGAUACUGACGUUGAUAAUUCUGAGUUUGAUUUGGACGAUGUCGGCAAACAUAACGGACAAGAAACCAAAAUUUUUUAUAACGAUAUUGACGGAAGUGGCCUCGAUAAUUCUGAGUUUAGUGUUGAUGAUGUUGGCCAUGGUGGUAAUGGUGGUGAUGAAUAUGGUCCGGAUGAGGAAGAGGACGACGAGGAGAAGGAGGAGGAGUAA